ACCCACCCUGGCGCUUCCCUCUCUCCUCUGCUCCAGCCUCCGUACUUACACGGCACACAAACGGACACUCACUCACUUUCACACACUUGCAUCACUCCGGACGACUCGAGUUGUAGCCAGCCGUCCUUCCUCCUAGAUUACUUUCAGACCACUCGCCUUGGCACGUCAGUCCUCGAACACCACCCUCUCGUCCUCUGGUCUGGCCCUCCGCUCUUGCGUCCUCUUCGGCCUCAUUCCUCCUAUUAGCCGCUCCGUCCCAUCUUCUCCAUUCCUCGCAACUCGGCAACGCACCAGAACCGUUACUUGUUUUGUUUCACUCGCCUUUCGAGGCUUCCCGCCCUCCAUCACGCUGACUGUGUUUGACUCUGUUCGCCCUGCCGCUCCCGCUCCCGCUACCGCUACCAUCUUCCCCCCCUUCUACAUCAACAAAGCUGGUGCCCAGACUUCUACCACACUUCUGCACACCCCGCAUCGCCACCAGCAUCGCAACAACACCAUCCUACCAACGAUUGGAACCUUUACAGCCGCCAUCGGUGGUUCAUAUCUUUGACGGGCUUGCUAAAUAGGCGCCUUGGCUCAACAAUAUAGGUGGAACUGGUGAAGACGGAACGGCACUCGAUUCACUUGGAUUCACCCCCUCGGGAACCUGCCAUCCGAGCAUCUCACGUGGCCCUGUCGCGACAUUAAAAGGUUGGGUGCCAGUGGCGUGCCCUUUCCAAAAGCCGACCAGACAGAUCCUGUUGAUCAUUCAAGACGUCGUGAAGUAAACGACGAGCCUUGCGUCUCAUUCGAAUCAUCGAAAGACCCGAUCGGCAAAGACACAGCGUCGUCGACAGCAUCUCAACACACUACACAGUCUCGCUACAUCAACUGUCGUAUACACCACAGACACGCUUGUUGAAACCUAACCACCGACAGAUAUGAAGCCUUCAACUUUGUUCUGCGCCUUGGGCUUUGUGCAGUUGGGCAUGGCCGUUCCCGUCCCCGCAACCUUUUCAGAUCUCGUCACCCAUGUCAAAGGCGAGGCGCGUCGUCUGACCAAGAUCACCCGCGUGUCUAUGCAUCACACACCACCAAUCUCUACCGUGAAGGAGCCCGAGGAACAGAAGAUCGAAUUCAGAUUCGACAACAGCCCCGUAUCACCAUCGGAAGACAUGCCUCCGUCACUUGUCCUGGCUGCGCCUCGCCCACUGAAGACCACCUACCUUCAAUCACUAUCUAAGCACCCAGGAUCAGGGAAGGACAGAGUGGUGGAUGUGGUGGGCGACGGGACUCCUGAGACGAUCAAGCCCAUGACGCUGGAGGAGGGCCUGGCGAAGUUGCUGCCGUCAAAGCCUCGUCUAGGCUGCUGGAAACACGUCCAGGGCCCCACGCCAUCUAUGUCAGUCGUGGAUCAGCACCCCGAUUUGAUUGUCCUCGGGGCCGUUCUUGCUCUGGUCCUCGUUUUACUGGUGCUGGAGACCGUUGGCACAACAUUCCAAGGGGUCCGCCAGCACUAUGACCCCAGAGGGGAGAUUCGUUUGGAGGGAGACGAGAAGCCUUGCAAGUCGCCAUCAUUCCGCUGCGACUCUUUCGACUCGGCGCCUUACGAAGAUGACGUUGGCGUCCAAGGACCGAGAUCAUGACCAUAACGGGUGACGGAAAGAUAAAAGGAUACAAACCAACUUGAAAACUCCAUAAUCAAACAGUCGUAGGACACAGACCUUUAAUAAUGUGGAGACUGGCCAUUGCGAUACCAUCUUACUUUCAGAGCGCGGCGCUUGACUUGGGCAUAAAUGAAAAUAUUACCAUUACAUUUGUCCUAUUUGUUCACUAU